GCUUCCGGGUGGCGCGCAGCGCCGCAGGCCGAGAGCUGCCCGCGCCUCCGGCAUGGAGACUCUGUAUCGUGUCCCGUUCUUGGUGCUCGAGUGCCCCAACCUGAAGCUGAAGAAGCCGCCGUGGGUGCACAUGCCGUCGGCCAUGACGGUGUACGCCCUGGUGGUGGUGUCGUACUUCCUCAUCACCGGAGGAAUAAUUUACGAUGUUAUUGUCGAACCUCCAAGUGUUGGCUCUAUGACUGAUGAACAUGGGCAUCAGAGACCAGUAGCUUUCUUGGCCUAUAGAGUAAAUGGACAAUAUAUUAUGGAAGGACUUGCAUCCAGCUUCCUGUUUACAAUGGGAGGUUUAGGUUUCAUAAUCCUGGACCGAUCCAAUGCACCAAACAUUCCAAAACUCAAUAGAUUUCUUCUUCUCUUCAUUGGGUUCGUCUGUGUCCUAUUGAGUUUUUUCAUGGCCAGAGUAUUCAUGAGAAUGAAGCUGCCGGGCUAUCUGAUGGGUUAGUGCCUUUUGAGAAGAAAUCAGUGGAUACUGGAUGUGCUCCUGUUAAUGAAGUUUUAAAGGCUGUACCAAUCCUCUGAUAUGAAAUAUGGAAAAGAAUGAAAAGCAGCAGAAAAAAGAAGCAUCUAGUGAACACAUAGGAAGCUUGGACUAGAAUGACUUCUUGGUAUCAGAGAUAAGCUCAUCACAGUAUUUUUCCCUGAUGACCUAUGCUGACAUACCCACUAUGUUAAGUGGUGUUUUCUUCUUAGUUUUUAAUUUCUUAAAGGAGAUAUACUCCACUUCUACAACUAUAAUAUUGAAUGAAGUGAUUAUUUUUUACAAUCCCCUUAACGUUUUUUGGAGAUGACAUUUGUGACUUUCAGAAAUUACUGUAAAAUCAGGAAGGGCGAUUGCCUGGCUGAGAACUCUGCACAGCCGAUCGCCUUUCCCUGUGGUGCUUUGCCUUUAAACAGAGUGUGUGGCAGUACAUUAUUCCAGAGACGUGUGUAAGGCUGUUUCCCGAACAACAAGAUGUAUGAAAGGAGCAGGAAUAAAUAAUUUUUCUAAUUAA